GGGUUUCCUAGGUAGCUCAUUGGAAUGGAGUUAGUAAUACUAGAAUUUAUUAACUAAGAAAGGUCGUAACAUAAAUUUAAUUAACAUCGAAUUCGUAAAAUAUCGUCUGAAGAAAGUAGACCUCAAAUGUCAUUUCCCGCCUCACAGUUCCUUUCAGCAUGUGACUGCGAUCUGCGAUAAAAGGGGGUCAUGGACAGCUGUUAUGUGUGCGAAGUGAAAGUAAUAGAGAACACUUCUUUUCAUUAGUUGAAAAUUGGUCUAGGUAAUGAUAUUACCGUUCAUAUGUAUACUGAAACCAUUCUUAAUAUUAAAUUACAUUUAAAACUCUAGUUAUUUACUCAUAUAAAUGAAUUACCUUUUUUCGUAGGACGAAUGUUUUUGAGUUCUCCGUGUAGUAUCACACGGGAUAAAUAGCUCCUUUCAAGAACGAAUGUAUGACUUUUCCGUGAAGUGUUAUAUAAGAUAAAUAAUCCACAAUGCGGUCGGUAUGGAUCCAAACCACUUUGCUUAUAAUAUAUUUGGUGUUGGUGUUCGUAAUAUCUCGGAUACUAGACUUGGUACUGUGGUAUCAACAUGGCAUUUCUUCCACUCAGAUAGUAGAUCCAUUGCUACUUAGUGUUCGGCAGUUAAAACAACUUUUAGAAAACAGAGGUGUAAGCUAUACUGGCUAUGUCGAAAAAAAGGAAUUGGCCGAAUUGGUUGAAGCAUCAGCUAUAGUAGUCCAGAGCGAAGUAGAAGAACUGGGCCAUGUUCAUGGCGGAACUGAAGCGGACAAGUCCGCUAGAGAACGCCUACCAGCACCUCCACCUCCAUCUCAUUUCACAGGUGGCCCUCAUUUCUAUGAAGAAGUAGAGGAUACAAAGGAUAGUGUAUGGUUGGUGCAGGUUGUGCCAACAGGUGGUCCCCAUGUAGAACCAUUGCUUGAUGAUUACAGCUGGCGCAUUGUUUGCAAUCAGGUUGCACCCUUUGCAAUAAGGACUGGUGUAUUUGACUGCAGACUUGACAGACGGCUCUGUAGCAGCAAAGGCUGGCAUCAUCCCCUGUUGUUAUUGGCAUUGCCAAAGGGAACAAGACCCAAAGAUAGAGUUAUGCUCAAAACUUUCACUUCUACGCGGCCACAACCAGUUGUGGAAUGGGUUCAGGAUCAGCUGUCCAUCCGUGUUAAGAAUAUCCGCGACAUAGAUGAACUGAGUCGAGACUGGCUUCAGGAUGAUUCAGCAGCGAAUAAUGCCACUUCAGCCUCAAGCGGUCACAGCAGCAGUCGAGCUGUCAAAGUUUUAUUGUUGACUCAUCUACUCCACCCACCACUCUUCCUGGCUGCCCUUAGCAUUAAAUUUACUGGUCGCAUCAAAUUUGGCAUGUUUUCGGUAAAAAAAGAAGACUCUGAGGCAGUACGAAAGACACUCAAGCUGCUUGACCAUCGCAUUCCCAGCUAUAUAAUUAUAACACCAGAACAGAAAAUUGCAUAUGGUCGACGAAGAUUUGAACAUUUUAACUUUGCUUCGAUGAAUCUGUUCCUCCGAGCUGUUCAACCAGAGAUGAAUGAUGUGUUUUUGUGCAGUUUGGUUCUUGUUAACAUGCUUGCUAGUCUGCAGAUAUUUCAGGUUACUUUGCGACUUUGGUGGAAGCAUGUGGCACGAUGCCUCUGGACAGCUGUAAGCUACAACUUCUGGCUUUUCUCAGUGUGGUUGUUAAUAUUAGCGACAUACAGAUUCUCUCUUGUUAGCUUCUUAGGUGAAAAAGGACUCAUUAUUGCACGGUAUGUCAGUCUUACUGAAAUAGGUUCUCUGCUCCGAGCAGACUGGCAGAUUCUAACCCAGCAUCCUUAUAUCCUGUUUUUCACAUUCUUUGUGUAUGGGCUUAUGGCCACGUGGCUUCUACAGCAGCACUGUCAUAAUCAGGCAGAAACAGAGAGAGACUCUGACCAUCCAUGGUGGGAAGUGUUGCCUAUGGAUUCUUACUGGAUUAAUUGCUUGUUUCGUCCCAUGGUCACGCUUACAAGACCUCUACCUCCAAGUGAAUUGGAAUUAGAGGAAGGUAUUGAGAUGUUGAUUGAACGUCUAGCUGUUCCAAACUUAUGGUUACAACCUGUCAUCCCAAAUGAAUACAUCAAGGAUUUACCUGUGUGGAAAUUCAGAGGCUGGGAUACUUUAUCCCAGAAAUCUGAUGGAAAGCGUAUUAAUAAGACAGAAGAUUCACCUGAAGUUGUUGAGCGUAUGAUGGAUGGAGAAGACCCUUACGAACUGCUGUGUCAGAGCUGUGAAGUUCACCGUUGUGGUUACACCUCAGAAAGAGUGAAGUAUCGACAUCUGGAAUUCAGUCCUAACAGUCAAAAGAGUAGUGGCAACAGUUCUACACAGCUGCACCAGAGGAAUGUUGAUCAGACACAUCAGAACUGCUGUAGCUGCAGUAAAAGCUUCACAAAUGUUUCUACUGAAGUUUGCAGUGCAUCGGACAGAUGUCAGACUUACGAUCGCAGGAACAGUCAGCACCGUCAUGCAAAUUCUGAUCCAGAAAAUGUUCAGUCAAGAAUUCUGUGUUCUUUGUGUACUAAUAGACCCACGCUUACAGAUAGGCUUUCAAGUGAUGUAACAGUAUCUGAUUCAGAAACAUCAGUUUCUACAAAGUGGGAUUUAGGGAACAAGGAAGACAGCUUGUCCUAUUCUGAAGACAGUGGCGAUGAGACAAAUUACCCACCAGUAGGGAUGCUUCCAUCAACAGAGUGCGCUGUCUGUCUUGAGUCAUACGAAUGGGGAGCGCUCCUGUGCGGUUUGCCAUGUGGCCACAAUUACCACCAAUGCUGCAUCAUGGUAUGGCUUGGCAGAGAUAAUCAUCACUGCCCAGUCUGCCGUUGGCCAGCGUACAAAUCCAAACACAGUCUCUCGCAUCUGCACAGAGAGUAACUUGUAGUUUGUUUCAGUGUUCCUAUCAUUGGUUCCACUAUGGCUGCACAGGUGUAAGGCAAUCUUCAGAGUGUGCAGUUAAUGUACAAAUCUUAUAUUAUAACACAUUCUUUGUAUAUAUUUGGGAAAGAUACAUGGCUUUGGAAACAUACACCACUGUGCCAUAAAAGUAAAAUACAUAUAAGCUUCUAGCUCAGUGACAGUUAAUGAUAUGGUAUUUAUAGUUACCUUAUGAGCUUGCCACUUACUAAGUAUAUCUUUAAAAGACCAUACAGAAUUAUAUGAAAGAUUAGAAAUACUGUUGUAUUAUACGUAGCAUAUGUAAUAUUGCUUAUCUAUAGGGUAAUGUGAUUCAUCAUGGAAAGAUAUAUUUUAAUAUAAAGAAGUGCAGUUUGUAUUCAGAUGUCAAGCUUCUUUUGCUUUCAGUUGGAGUCCACAUACACCAUACAAGCUUUAGAAUUGUGGUUGUAUCUUCCUAUUUCUAGAGUCUUUUCUAAUGAUAGUUUUAACUGUAAUCAUAAUUUCACUGUAGAAUGAGUUGAUAGCAAAUGAUUUGUAAGGGACAGAGGUGUCAUUUGUCCCGCAUUUUCUGAUGGAGAAGCCACAUAAAUAUGCAUUUCAUGUGAGGGACCACGUGGUAUUAGUGAUUUAUGUAACCUUUAAUUGUGAGCACAGUGCAAAAUUACAAGCAUGACUUGUUGCUGCAAAGCAAACUUAUUUUAAAAUUAUGAUGAAAGUAUCUGGCAGAGGUUGAUACUAAAAUAAAGAAAAUGACAUGCUUUCUGAAUAGAACUGUGUUAUCAGCAUCUCUUCUGUUCUGCAUAACAUGUAAGCAGUCCCCACUCUUCUGAAUACAGUGAAACCUCAAUUUUACAUGUAAGAUUUGAGGCUUUCACGGCGGUGACUAUGAAGAAAGCAGUCUUCUGGGAUUUGGCAAUUUUACACUUCGUAAGGGACCACCUUAAGACAGAUGUAAAAUUGAGGUAGGUGUAAAAUCAAAAUACAAAUGUUACAACCUAAAGUAAAACGUGGGCUUCCUUAUAACUUCAGAAAAUUGUUUAAAAUAUAUGUUUUUGAACAUUAACAAUGUAAAUGUAAAUGAAAAUAUGGUUAUUUAUUUUACCUUUACUUAUCAACUGCUAUGUAUGUAACAUCGGUAAGAUGAGAUGGUGAGUAUAACUGUUGAAUUCAAAGACAGUGGUCAUGGCCAAUUUCAGUGCAUUACCCCAUCAUUUGCCUGGAAUGACUGUCAAAUAUUGUACAUAUAUAGUUACACUAUUUCUUCAGUCGUUCUUUUGUUUCUUUUCUCCUUGAGUUAGUCUGUAUAAUUCGUUUUCAACUUCAUUGCACAUUAUGAUAAUAUUCUUCUUGGUAUCAAAUUGGCACAUGUACUUUCUGGCUGCUUCCAAUCUUUUCAGUGCAUCCAAGAAUGUUGCUUUAUGUUCUGCAACUCCCUGUUCCUCUUCUGGCCUAGUUGAAUAUUGAUCUAACACCUGGUCGAUGCUCCAGACUCCACAGACCUCGAGAGUACGAUCACAGGUUGGUUAGUCCUCAGACUGCACCCCAAGAGGCUGUUAACUCUGCCAGUCAUCCUCUUCAUCUUCAGUGAGCUUCACUGCACCGUCAUCAAUGCUGCUGACAUGAUCAACC